AUGCCGCCCACCGACAUCGUGCAGAAGCUUCGCAACUACCUGUACGAUCAGCAAUUUGUCCAGCCCGAGUUCGUGCGCGCGUUCGAGAUGGCCAAGGAAAAAGCGGGUCCUCUGUUCCAACAGUUUGGGAUCAAGACCGUGGACGACUAUCUGGACUAUUACGACAAGUUGGUCAAGUGGGUGCCGACGGAGACCAAGGACGGCACCUUCGUGUACACUCACCUCUGCCUGUUCUACUUCGUGCUCGGCCAGGAUCCCCUUUUCGGUACCCAGAGCGCGACCAGACCCACCACGCACUCUCCGUACACGUGGCUCUCGCGGUGGAUCAUCGAGUAUGCGAAGGAGAUGGGCAAGUGGAUGGACACGACGGAGUCAAUCAACAAAGCGUCGAUCGACACCUUCUUCGAGGCGGAGAACUACCACAUGGCGGACUACGACUCGCGAACUUCACCUCCUCACGCAUCCCAUCCCGCGCUUGCUCUCGCUCACUAG